AUGGCAUCAAAUGUUGAUCCAUUUGUAGUAGUGGGAAGAGUUAUUAACGAUGUAGUAGACAUGUUUAUACCAAGCGUUAACAUGGCCAUUUAUAUCGGGGAUAAACAAGUUAUAAAUGUGAGUGAUAUCAAGCCAUCUUUGGCAGUUACAACUUUUCGGGUCAACAUCCACGGAGAUCCGAAUCUAUCUUAUACCCUAGUGAUGACUGAUCCUGAUGCGCCGAGUCCCAGUGAACCUAACCUCAGACAGUGGGUACAUUGGAUUGUAACUGAUAUUCCUGGUUGCGGUACUCUUUCUGAAGGCAUUAACAUCACAAAGCUAGAUCCGCGGUCUACGAAGCUUCAAUCAAAAGAACAAGCUCAGGGGAAGCAAGGAACAACGCUAUCACCGCCAAAUCCAACCCCUUCCCAAGUUGUUGCUGCUGUUGGAGAUCCCCUGCCAAAUGUUAGAGAAUCGACAUCAGGUCUGACAGUGACGCCCCAUCAAGUUGCGCCACCGCUAGCAGCCGCGCCACUGCUGGUUUCUUCUACAGCCGAAGCUGAAACGGAGCCAUCAGAAUUGCAAAUUAUUGAAGUCGUCACAGGAAAACUCUCGCAGGUGGAGGACAAGGUAGCGCAAGCUACUGUUGCUGCUGAAGAAGUCGCGGCAUCACUGGACAUGAUCGUUGCUGAAGAAAUCGCACCACCACUGGACACGGUAGCGCAAGCUAUUGUUGUUGCUGAUGUCGCUAGUACUGUAGAUCAGCGAAUCUCUGCUGAUGUCGCUCCUGUCGUGGAGAAUCGCCAUUCAAUACCCUCUUCGAAUCUAGUCGCUGCGGAAGACGUUGUUGUUGCGCACACCAUCUCUAACCCUAACCAGCGAGAUUCAAUUGCUUAUGUUGAAAUUGUUGUUGCCAUGGAUAAACGUCAAGCACUUUCUACUCCAUCAUCAACUCCGACGACUAUGCCACCGGAAGGGGAUGUCUGGCGUGAUUUGCAGAGGGAAUUUCUGGAAGGGGAAGCUCAACGAGAGUCGCAGAUUUUGCGUCCAUCUUCUGCUCAACUGACUCCCGAGAUUUUUGCCCCUAUUGCACAGUCAACAAGCUCUCCUCAGGGUCUUCAAAUUUCUAACGUGAAAAAGUCAAAAACGGAAUCUUCAACACCACAAUCUUAUCCCUCAAAUAAGGAAGGAAUAUCUUCCUCAAAUGCCUCUUUAAUAGCUCUCCUUCUAAUAAUGAAGGGAAUUUUUCUGAAAAUAGCUCUCGAAAAAGUUGCACAAAAAAACUAA